AUGGCUGGCGUACCGUACAAAACCGAAAAACCGGUAACGAUGGACGAAGUCGAACAUCGUAUUCGUAUCACUCUUACCUCACAGAAUGUCUCGUCGCUUGAGAAAGUCUGCGAACAACUUAUUAAUGGAGCAAAGGAAAAAAGCCUUGUGGUAAAGGGUCCCAUUCGGAUGCCAACAAAAAUUCUUCGUAUCACUACUCGUAAGACUCCAUGUGGCGAAGGAUCCAAGACUUGGGAUCGUUACCAGAUGCGUAUCCAUAAACGCUUAAUUAAUUUGCACAGUCCAAGUGAUGUUCUUAAGCAAAUUACAUCGAUUUCUAUUGAACCUGGGGUAGACGUUGAAGUUACAAUCAACGAUUCUUAA